AUGUUAUUAUUAGGUUUAUCAUUAUUUUUAUCAUUAACGUGGGGAUUUGAAGUAAAUAUUGAUGGUUUAUCUCAAUUUGUUCCCGUACCAGAAGUCUUAUCAAAUAUAGUAGUAUCAACUACAGAUAAUAAAUAUAUCAAUUCCAUUCAAAAAGCCUUCAAUUUAGAAUUCAGUCAAUGUAUAGUGAACACAGAGAAGAAUAAUGAGACUUAUCAACAUGUUGAACUAUUUAAUAAUGAUGAGAAACUUCUACAAUGCUCCCUUUUGAAUGAUGUAUAUGAAAAUUGCCAAGACGCUGGUUUAAAAGAUAAUAAUUUUUGGUUUUUCCAGUUAUUAAUUGAAUCCACAUGUAAAGAGGCCAGUGAUAAUGAAGAAAAUUCAAACAUUUAUCAAGCAAAUGGAGAAGCUGAACAGAGUGAAGAUUCAUUGAAGAAAGAGAGCCUUCGAAAAAGAUUACUUGAUCCAAGAUUUAAAAAUAUUAAUUUUGAUGAAUAUUAUAAUAAGAAUUUACCCAAGGCAAUGUCAUAUGAUUGUGGUUUAAUGCUGGCAUUGAAGACUACUGUUGCUACUGACCCUAAAGUCUUGACAAGGUAUACUUCUUCAUUCAUAGUUGCUGGAGCCAUAGAGACUCAUCUUACAACCUUGGAAUUGAUCAAAGUAGUUGGUUUACCACAACCUCUGAUGGUGAUUGCCAAAAGGGAUAUUGAUGAGAUAACAUUCAACUAUACAUCCACCUCUUCGUCAGAUGACAAGUUCAACAACAAUCAAAACACUUUGUUUCUGACUUUAAUAUUUACCUUUAUCCUUAUAUAUCUCAUAUUCCAAUUAUCAUUAAAUUAA